AUGGCAUUCAUCGCUUCGAAAAUAAGCUGGACCUUUCCUUACGGUGGUCCUACUAAUUCGACACUUCCAGCAUCCUAUACUUACAACACCACCCGAUACGCUAUCGAAGAGUACCUAUCGACACACCAGAGCGAUACUGAUGCACCAAGAUAUAUGCACGGCGAAGACAUUGUCCAGUCCUCUUGGUCUGGCAUCGACACUACUGAGGGCCUAAUCCUGGGCGUUUACUGUCUUACAUGCCCUGUGCAAGGUGAUCAGGAUUCGCAUGCAUGUCUGGAUUUCAAUCGAGCCGAUGCCACGGAAGUAUGGAUUGAUGUUGGUGUAGCAAGAGAAGGAAUGGGGUCAGAUGUCGAAAUGCCGACCGGUAACGAUGGAAGACCAGGAGAUCCACAGAAGGCAAUUCGCAACCGCGACUUCGCGUGUGUUUUCCAGAUGCAACAAAACGGUCAGGAUGAGGGAACGAGCAUAUCAGACAUCAUCCUUAGCAUGGGCGAUGUGACCGGUUCGCCCAACUUCUGGAACGCUACCUAUCGCGAUGGACAACCGCAGAGCACGAUCGAUGCUGAACAGCCCAAACCCCUCGAGACCGGACCGUUGAUGUUCACCUUUCCUGGCACAGCGAAUUUGACUGGAUUGAAUUCCGAUGCAACUAUGAAGACAUACUUGGAACAUGCACUACACGAUCCAAAUACUCAGUAUUGGGGCGAUGCGUCUUCACUCAAGGCUAUGCCAGAAGCAGAAGAUCUCAUCGAAGCAACAUGGACCACCAGCCCCAACAUGGAUACAAGCAACGUCGAACCACUAUCGAUGGUGCUAACUUGUUUCGUUUGUCUCGAGCCUUACGAGAUUGAUUCUGACAACGAUUCCCCGUCACCAGCUUCAUACUGUAACAAUUGGGCCAACAUGGAAGACGAGGUCUACAGCGAGAACACCAAAGAUAACAUAACCGAAACCACGAACGAAGAAAACCUUUAUUCACGGGACAACACGACCGCCAGCAUCGAAAUAGCCAUGUUGUACCCCUCCUUCUUUGAUAGCCCUGCAGAUAUUGGACUCGACAUGUGGUUCCACAAACAACCCGACACAAUGCUCUUCGCAUGUGCUCUAGCCCUCACAUCGGGUAUACUACCAGCGUCGUCGACAUCAUAUAGUGACAUUCAGGAACAUACAGCGUAUAGUCAGGUCUUCUUCGCGACACAGCCCAAAGGCAAGCAUACGCGCGAAUAA